UACAAACCGAUAUGAACACGUAUGCUUUGAGAGAUGGCGGAGAUGAAGAGCAUGGGAGUGGUGGGCAGCGGUCAAAUGGGCUCCGGAAUAGCCCAGCUCGGCGCCGUCCACGGCCUCGACGUUUGGCUUAUUGACUCUGAUCCUCUUGCUCUUUCCAGAGCCUCCAAAUCCAUCUCUUCCUCUAUCCAACGCUUAGUCUCUAAAGCCCAACUCUCUCAGGCAGCAGGUACAAGUGCCUUGAGACGAUUGCAGUGUACAACAAACUUGGAAGAGCUUUGUUCAGCUGAUGUUAUCAUUGAAGCUAUUGUGGAAUCUGAAGAUGUGAAAAAGAAGUUAUUUCUUGAACUAGAUAAGAUUGCAAAAAGUUCGGCUAUUUUGGCAUCUAAUACAAGUUCCAUCUCCAUUACUCGUCUAGCAUCUGUGACUAGCAGACCCCACCAGGUGAUUGGCAUGCAUUUCAUGAAUCCUCCUCCUAUUAUGAAACUGGUUGAGAUUGUGCGGAGUGCAGACACAUCAGAUGAAACAUUUAAUGCAACAAAAGCCUUGGCCGAGAGGUUUGGCAAGACAGUCAUAUGCUCUCAGGAUUAUUCUGGCUUCAUUGUAAACCGGAUCCUAAUGCCUAUGAUAAAUGAGGCAUUUUUCACUCUCUAUACUGGUGUAGCAACAAAGGAAGACAUUGAUACUGGUAUGAAGCUAGGAACAAACCAUCCAAUGGGUCCUCUGCAGCUUGCAGAUUUCAUCGGUUUGGAUGUCUGCUUGUCAAUAAUGAAAGUUCUUCAUGCUGGUCUUGGGGACAGUAAAUAUGCUCCCUGUCCUCUUCUUGUGCAAUAUGCUGAUGCAGGUCGACUUGGAAGAAAAUGUGGUCUUGGGGUGUAUGACUACCGUAAACCAUCACCUCGACUUUGAGCAGUUCUCAUUUUGAGAAUGAUAAAGUUCUCGGUGUCUGUCCAUGGCUUACCUUAGUCAAGUUGAUUGGGUGACAGAUUCCUGCAGAUGAGUAUCAGUAUGCCUACUCAUUCCUGAACAAUUUGGGCACUUAGUCAUGUGGCAUAUCAAAUAAUGGACCUCUUAACCACUGCUUCUCUGUCCAUAUUACAUAAUGUUUUAGAUUCCUUUUGGUUUAGAGAAAUGAUACUCCUACAACCAUUUAAAUAAAGAAAUAGAAAAUGGUACUCCUACAACCAUUUUAGUUUGUCUCAA